AUGGCAGACGACGAAGCGCCUUCAGACAGCAGUCUCCUGGUAAUAAUAGUCGAUACAAACCCCAACCAGCGAUAUAUAACCGAAGAUCCAAAAGUUUUAACCGGUUGCUUAGACGCUGUUAUAGCAUUCGCGAACUCGCAUCUUAUGCAAAAGUCGAGGAAUCAGCUAGCGGUUAUUGGGUGCCAUUUUCAUAAAAGUGAAUAUCUGUAUCCUUCACCUGGGAAACCGUUAGAUGUGAGACAAAUUGAUGGGCAAUAUGAAUUGUUUACACUGGUUGAAAAGACUAUUAAAAUGAGAUUAGUAAAUUUAAUAAAGAGUCAACCUCAAGAAGAGCGGCCUGGGGAAUCGUUACUGGCUGGAGCUAUGGCAAUGGGACUGUGUUUCAUUGCUAGAAUGCGUCGUGAGCAACCACCAGGAUUGCGUAUGGCGAGCAGAAUGUUGGUAGUGACAGGCAGCUCGGACACAGCGGCUCAAUACAUUAACUAUAUGAAUGUAUUCUUUACUGCACAGAAACAACAAGUUUUGUUGGACGUGUGUUCGUUGGACAAACAUCUCAGUUUAUUACAACAGGGCUGCGACAUCACCGGAGGGUUAUAUUUAAAAGUACCCUCGCUUGAAGGACUAUUACAAUAUCUAUUGUGGGUUUUUCUUCCUGAGGCCAGUGAAAGACGGGAAUUAGUUCUGCCCGGCCGAGGCAGAGUUGAUUAUAGAGCGGCCUGCUUCUGUCACAGGGAAUUAUUAACUAUAGGAUAUGUGUGCUCUGUGUGUUUGAGUGUGUUUUGCAAAUUCAGCCCUAUAUGUACAACUUGCCAUACCGUAUUUAAGAUCGGCGGUCCUCUCCCUAUGAAGCCGAAGAAAAAGAAAAUAAAACUUUAG